AAAAACACAGAGGAAAGUGGAACAAGAAGGUGGGUGCCAGGGCUCUGUUACGCACAUCUGGAUUCCAGCAGCCACCUGAAUUUUCCUAGAGGCAGCACCCAGCAAGGCAGGAGCAUGUGGCUGUGCCCAGGUCUGCUCCUUUUCUGCCUUCAAGGCUGUCUAUCUCUGACGGGCCCUGGCUCUGUGUCUGGCUACGUGGGAGGCUCUCUUCAUGUGCAGUGUCAAUAUGGAAAAUCAUACAAGAACCAUCUCAAAUACUGGUGUCGAGGAGAGUAUGACACAAAAUGUAAAACUAUUGUGGAAACCAAAGGAAAUGGGGAAGAAAAGAAGAAUGGCCGAGUGUCCAUCAGAGACCAUACUGAGAACUUCACCAUGACAGUGACCAUGGAGAACCUCAGCGAAGAUGACGCUGGAUCUUACUGGUGUAAGAUUCAAACUUUCUUUAUCUGGGAUUCAUGGUCACGUGACCCAGCCGUCCUUGUAAAGGUACAUGUUUUCCCAGCCACAACUCCCAUGGAGACCACACUCCCAGCAACAACUCCCACCCUCCCACUAGUGAAUACUGGACAUCUGAGGAUGAGCACCACCGAGCUGUUCUUCCUCCAACUAUGGUCCCUGCUCAGCAGCAUCCACUUCCAGGUCCUGGUCUUCCUGAAGCUACCCCUGUUUCUGAGCAUGCUCUGUGCUGUCUUCUGGGUGAACAGGCUUCAGAAGAUCCCUGGGGGGAAUUUAGAGUGAAUUUCCCAAGAGCUAUGAAGCGAAGCAUCCCAGGAAUGUUCUGGGAGGGACUCAGCCCUUGCAGACUGGAUGAGAGACACUGGACUCUGGGUUGAUUCUGCACAGAGGCAGCAGUGCCUGGAUUCUGGACUUCACUAUUCCCAUGUCUUAAGGGAGGGUCCUGGUUAUCUGAGAGUCUUAGCAAUCAGACUCCUGUGGAGUCCUCAGCAUAAAGAGGGAACAAGGUUGGGACAUACUUUUAAUCCCAGUGUUGGAGAGGCAGAGGCCGGUGGCUCUCUAUGAGUUCAGGGCUAGCCUAGUUUACAUAGUGAGUUCCAGGACAGCCAGGGCUAUAUAAACAAGACUCAAGGCUAUAUAAACAUCCUCCACCGACCCAAAAAAGGGAACAAGACUCCCCUGAGCCCUGUGUUGGAGGUCCUCCUUUCCCUUCUCCAGAUUUCUUGGUUUCUGCUCUCAUGUCAGCUCCAAAGGGUAAGAACCCUCUAGAAGGUUCUUGAGCACCUCUAGCCCCCUUGAUCUCUGUGACAUAAAAGCAUCUCAGGUCAUUGUCUCUGAUGGCAGCAAUCACCUCCUUCCUACAGAGAAGAGUUUCCUGAGGAACACAUCCCUCAUAGAUUUGGAUCACAGGCCAUGUUCCCUCUUCUAGAACAAUCCCAGAGGAUUCGGCUUCUGGCAGAGCAUCUUCACGGCCCACUUUCUCAAAAAUACAGCUUUUUUAAAAACCUCAUCUGAUCCUUAUAGUUCACAUGAUCUUGAAGCCUCCUUAUGUCCCAUGACCAGAGAGCAUGUGUCAGAGUUCAGCACAUACUUGGCUGGGCUGAAAAUAGCCAAUCACCUUGAAAGUGAAGUUCUGUGGUUACUCAGAUCAGCAGUAGAGAAAGGUGGUGAGUGCUCUGGAUGUCACUCUGUAUUUCCUAACCCAGGGGUCUCCUGUGCAUAGUACCAACUUAGGGUUCAUCUUUGUUCACUUUAGAAACUGGCUGAGAACACCUUGAGGAUAAAGAUAGAUAUUCAAAGACAGAUGCAGGGCCAGUAGUGAGGAGAUAUCAUAUCAUCUGGGCAUCCACUGGACAUCCUCAGCUCAGAAAAAGGCCCGUUUGUUGAAUGCUUGCCAGGUUUCUUCCUUGAUGUUCUUUGCAGGGGGGGCCUCACAGGGUUAGCUACAAGUGUCACCAUCUCCAUUCACUCCAGGCAUUCAUGUCAGACC